GUCCACUUCUUAUUCAAAUUGGAAUGCAACCCGAGGUGACAGCAGCGACGUGUUCGUUCAUGGUGUUAUUCUCGUCGUCCAUGUCAGCAAUGCAGUACGUAUUGUUGGGAAUGGAUGAGAUAUACGGUGCCCUAAUAUUGUCAGCGAUUUGUUUUGUGGCAUCGUUGAUUGGGUUGACUAUAGUCCAACGAGCUAUAAUGAAACACGGGAGAGCGUCGCUUAUAGUGUUUUCGGUCGGUUUAGUGAUGGCUCUAAGUACCGUUUUGAUGACUAGUUUCGGAGCUGUGGCUGUUUGGAGUGACUACACUAGUGGCAAAAAUAUGGGGUUCAAGAAACCAUGCUGAAUAAUUUUACUCUUGUCUGUUUAUUGUGUGUGAUUUUUGAGACAAAUAAAGAAGUACAAUACUAGGUUCUUACAUCUAAUGUACUUCAGAGGUGAUUUAUAUCAUGUUUAAAAAAAUUUGUUGCAGUUCAGAUAACCUUGUUUGAAAUAUGUACUGUGUUGUGUGUGUAAAAGAAAGUCAUUUUUAUAAGGACGAUAUUUUUUUAUUUUAACACAAA